GAUCACGCGUCGUCAAUGGUCGCGACGCUCGUUAAUCGGUUGAGCAUAUUGCAAGUUCAAUUGUGAGUAUUAUCUCUGUUUCCAAGAUCGACGAGGACCGACAGUAUCGACGACAGGAGUCAACCUCGCAAAGACCCCGGGUGAAACGACCUGUUCGAACAUCGUAAUACAAAAUGGCACUGCCAGCAAAUUACAAGCAGGUCGCGAUAGCUACGUCGAACAUCGUAGCAUCCAACCAACGUAUGAGAGCGUCCGGUGGGAGUUCGAGCAGUUCAACGAACACCAAAGAUACCCAGAGUCCAUUUAUACAGACUCCCCAUAGUCAUCCAGGAUUUACACCCCAGAAAGUUGGAAAGAACACCAAUGCUGAUUCUCGUAUGCCAAAACCACCCAAGCCACCUGAGAAACCUCUUAUGCCAUAUAUGAGAUAUAGCAGGAAGGUGUGGGAUCAAGUUAAGGCCCAGAAUCCUGAGUUAAAGCUAUGGGAGAUUGGUAAGAUUAUAGGACAAAUGUGGAGAGAUUUGCCAGAGGAAGAUAAGACGGAGUUCAUUGAGGAAUAUGAAGCUGAAAAGGUGGAAUAUGAGAAAAGUUUGAAAACAUAUCACAACUCACCUGCAUAUCUAGCUUAUAUUGCAGCUAAGAAUCGUGGCAAAUCUGCAUUGUGUGCUGCCCAACAAAGCAAUGACGAUCGAGAGAGUCACGAACGUUCAUCGGGUAGCAGCAAAAGUCAAGCGGCUCAGGACAGAAGAAUUGAUAUUUUACCAGCUGAAGAUGACGAUGAUCAAGAUGAUGGGUACUCUGUGAAACAUGUGGCGUAUUCGCGUUAUACAAGAAAUCAUCGGCUCAUUAAUGAGAUUUUUAGUGACACAGUUGUCCCGGAUGUUCGUUCUGUAGUUACUACUCAAAGAAUGCAGGUUUUACGUCGCCAAGUACAAUCCUUAACCAUGCAUCAGAAAAAACUUGAAGCCGAAUUGCAACAAAUUGAAGAGAAAUUUGAGGCAAAGAAACGUAAAUUUAUAGAAACUAGUGAAAUAUUUCAAGAAGAAUUGAAAAAGCACUGCAAACCAGCGGUAGAUGAAGAAACAUUUAAUAAAAUGGUAGAACGACAGUAUGAAGCUCUUAGACGAGAGAGGCUAAAAGGGACAGAAGAGAAUCGUUCGGAUGGACCAGCAUCUAGCGAAUCUACUCCAAACUCCACUCCGACUCCAACUCCUGCAUCACUUAACGACGAGAGCCAGCCUGAUGUUUCCGACAAUGAUUCGAUCGACAAGAAAUCUGGCAGCGUUGAGAAAUCGAACGUUGAAAUGAACAAGAAAAUGUCACCUCCAUACAACGAGAAUAAGAUUGAAACACCGCCAACAAUGCAACCGAAUGUUAAUCAGCAACAUUCCAACGCUGGAAUGUACUGCAAUAACGUCAACUCGAUUCAACAACAGCAGCAUUCGCAUCAGCAGCCAACGCAAACACCCCAACAUCCGCCACCGCCGCCACCACCUCAGCAUCAGCCAACGCCUUCUCAGCAACAGCAUCAGCCUCCUCCGCAACAACAUCAGCCUCCUCCACAACAGCAUCAACCUCCUCCGUUGGUGCAGCAACAUCAACCGCCACCACAGCCACCUCAUCAGCCGCCACCACCUCAACAGCAUCAAGUGCUACCGCAACUACAGCCGCAGCCAUUACAACCACAGCAACAACAGCAGCAGCAACAACAGCAGCAGCAACAACAGCAGCAGCAACAACAGCAGCAGCAACAACAGCAGCAGCAGCAACAACAGCAGCAGCAACAGCAGCAGCAGCAACAGCAACCACCACAACCGCAGUCACAACAGUUAACGGUACCUCCGGUGAUGUCGCCUCAACAACCGACUACAACAGCUGCGGCAGCAGCUGCGGUCGCGGCAGUGGUUGCUAGUGCAAACGCGACUGCAAAUUCUGCUCCGCCAAAUAUGCCACCGGUAUCCGCGCCCGCAGUGCCCAUUCAGCACAAUCCCCAUCAACAAGGAAUGUUGCCGAAUCACUCGAUGCCGCCACAUCAGAGUGCACAAGGUACUCAGAGUACGCAAGUUCUUCCACCGCAGGGACCGGUGGCGAAUCCGCAUACUCCGCAAAUGAUGCCGCCCAAUCAGGCUUACGGCCAGCAGUAUCAGUCUGGACCAGGUCCGCAACAACCGCAGAACGUUCCGCUAGCUCCGAGACCGCCGCAUCCCACUUACAGCUAUUCUCAGCAACAGCCGUAUCAUCAACCUUAUCCGCAAUAUGCUCAUCCAUAUUAUCACCAACCGUACUCGCAAUAUUCGCCCCAUCCGAUGGGUCGACCCCACGGCCAUGGUCCACACAGUCCGCAUUAUCAUCCACAGUCGCCUCAUACGGUUGCUCCUGAAAAUAAUAACGUUGGUGCCAAUGUCGCAGGCGGUACAACGGGCGCCGUGGCUUCCGCACCCGCGCCAGAUAAUAACAAUCCUUCUCCGUAUUCUGCGCCCACGGGACAUUGCGAAAGUGAACGUACCGGUCCGUCGGAGAAUCAAGAGGGUCAGGUAGACACUAAAUCGGGAUCCGCUUAAAUAUUCUUUAUUUUACAAAUAAUCUAGAUUUCCGUUAGUACGGUAUAUAUCUAUGACAGUAUUUAUCUCUAUAUCCUUGCGCCUACAAACCUGUUUAGCGCAAUUCUUUAAUUUAUACGAUAAAAAUACAAUAAUAAUCUUAAUUUUAUUACGAUCUAUAACAUCGUAAAUACAAAAAUUAUUCAAAUAUUGUACUGUUUCACACGAAAUGAUUGUAUGAAGUAGAAAUGGAUAAAAGAACAUCUGUAUGUAAUUAUUCUUUGAUUACAAUCUUGGAUCCAAAAUAUUCUUACUUCACUGGUUUCAUUUGCCAAAGUCCGUCAUUUAAAUAAUGACAGUUUUCGAUGCCUACUCCUUUAUUCACUUUGAUACUACAAAUAAAAAAUGCAAUAUGCAGAAUGAUUAAAAACAUAUGUUGAGAAAAUUAUUUCGACUUACAUUUCUUCUGUUGAUAAUGUUGUAACUCCAACAGCUAACGCAUGUUGCUUGCCCUCAGCCAUAACAGCCUAUUCUGAGUUAAGGAUUUGUAUGUCAUUGUCGAAGAAAUAAAGUUGUUAAAAUGUA